ACGGUUUCGGACUCACACCGACUCGUUUCGCAUCCGCGUCCGGAAAAGCGGAAAAAUAAUGGCAAACACACCAAGCAGCCGCUCUAGCGUGGUCCGUAAAAGUCCAGAGGACUGCGCCAUUUGCUUGGACAAAAUUCAGGACAGGAAGAUGUUAAAGUGCCUUCACUCUUUUUGCUCUGAGUGUAUCGACGCGGUUUUCAGGUUUAAACCCGCUUGUCCGAUAUGCAACACCUACCACGGAGUGUACACGGGGACCCAGCCGGAGGGUACGAUGACGGUGACACGCAGCUGGCAGCGCCUGCCUGGCUUUGAGCGCUGCGGAUGUAUUAUCAUAACGUACAGUUUCCCGGCAGGGAUACAAGGGGCUGAGCACCCAAACCCUGGAAUGAGGUACGGCAGCACCUCUCGUACUGCCUUCCUUCCAGCCUGCGAGGAGGGAGAGAAAGUCCUGAAGCUGCUGAGGAAAGCCUUCGACAGGAGACUCACCUUCACUAUCGGACAAUCUGCCACCACAGGCCUCAACAACGUCAUCACCUGGAAUGACAUUCACCACAAGACCAACGUGGGAGGUGGUCCACAAUGUUUUGGAUAUCCAGAUCCAGCAUAUUUGUUCAGGGUUAAGGAGGAACUGCGUCUUAAAGGAGUGACAGAUGAUGACUAAUGGGCGAAGACAUCCUUCAAAUAGAUUUAAUACUGUGUAUUGUAACUAAAUUCUGCCCUCAAACUUUUUUUUUUCUGCAAGCUGUCUAAAUGGAAUUUUUAGAUAUGAGCCAAGGUGGUUAGUGGCUUUUCCCAAAGACUUUCAACUCUCCAUUUGAACUGACUAUGCAAAAAUUUACUUUAAGCACAGCCUAUAUAGUAUGUAACCCAACAAAACCAGGAUUACAGUACAGAAGGUCAGGGGCUAUAUUACUGAUCAUCAGAUUAUAUUUAAAUCAUGUAAAUAUGCCAUUUUCUUCUUUUUUUUAACAUGGCAUCACACAGGGUCUCAAAUCUGGUGCCUAAAGGCAAAACAGUUGGUAAAAGCAGUCCUAACUUGAUCAGGCUUAGAGUCUGCAACAACAAUGUAGUCAAAACAGGUAAACUAAUCCUGAGCGCUAAGGCCAGCAGAACAGAAUAAAGACAAAGAGUGACUGCUAGCUGUGUCCUACUGUAUACAGACUGUGGUGAAAUAGCCUGAUGAGGACAUGGCCGUAACUGUGCACAACUCUGCAAUUUUACAUCUUUGGCUUUAGCUGUAGCGCUUCUCUGAAUAUAUCUGUAAUACAUGUACCAACAUAACAUUACUGUGGCAUAUUUGUUUUGUCCCGUGCCGUAAUGCCUACUUUACUAUUGCUGAUGUUGGGUGACUGCUUUGACAUUGUUCACUGUGAUAAUUUGAGGCUCUGUCCACUCAUUCAACCAGUGAGGUCCAUGUAGGAAACCACUGCACACAUGUGAUAGAGAUGUCAUCUGUUAAUUUAUGGGUAAAGCGUCCCAAAUCCCAGGAAAACCAACAAUGAAUCAAUCCUACUAUUAUUUAUUGCUUGUGUAGCCAGAGCCUAUAUAUUGCACUAUACUGUGUACAUUAAGAUGAACAAGGGCAUUGUAUUUCAUUUAGAGUUGAUCCCCCAUACACUGUCCUGCUGCCAUAAAUACUCACUAGCGGAUGAAAUCCACAUCUUGAAAGUAUUCCUUAACAAAUGCACUUUACUCCUG